UUGAAUAAUCAACAUGAAGUUCAAGAUGCAUUUAGAAAUAAUAAAAGCACAGUCAUCAAAACAUACCAAACUGCUUCUUGGACAGAGAAAAAACUACGAGGGCCCUCCGGACGAGCGAAGAAUUCGCGACAAUCGCAACAAGAACAAAUUAAGAAGAAACGCAUCCAUAGUGCGGUGCGAUUCGCGGAGAUAACUCCCGUGUCGCUGUGCGCGGUCGCGGCACGCCGGACGUCCGCGCCAUCGGACAACUACACAACGAUCCUCCCGACUGUUGUAUCACCAUUACCGACCACAGUAGGAAUGUUAUCGCUGCACUCGAUCUAA